UUGGCAGCCAAAGUUGGUUGGUGAGGCGAACACAGUACUGUACCACCCUUCACACUCAUCAACCUAACCCUUUUUCCACCAUUAUUAUCGAUCUCCCUGAUUCGCAAAUCCUUCUCAGAAAUUCAAUCAAUAUUUCAUUUUUUCAAUUCAAUUCUGAAUUUCGGAAACCCCUAAAUUAUUGGAAGAAAUGGCGCAGGCUACCAACAUGGCGCACAAACUCUCGCCCAAAUUCCCAACCCCUAUUGCUAAAUCUUCCCCUUCAACUUCUUGUUCUUUGUUUUUCGGAUCCAAAAAUCUGAAGAAUUCGACAAAAACAUCGUGGGUUUUGAAUAAAAGUUCAAUCUUUACGGUAAAAAAGACGACCCAGUUGAAGGUUUCGGCCGCCGUCGCCACGGCGGAAAAGCCGUCGACUGUGCCGGAAAUUGUGCUGCAACCCAUCAAAGAAAUCUCCGGCACCGUUAAGUUGCCGGGAUCUAAAUCACUCUCCAACCGAAUUUUACUUCUUGCUGCUCUGUCUGAGGGAACAACCGUUGUGGACAACUUACUAAGCAGUGACGACAUUCAUUACAUGCUCGGUGCAUUGAGAACACUUGGUCUGCAUGUCGAAGAAGACAAAGAUAAACAACGAGCUGUUGUCGGCGGCUGUGGUGGUCUAUUCCCGGUUUCUAAAGAAGAAUCCACCGAAGAAAUUCAACUCUUUUUAGGAAAUGCAGGUACGGCAAUGCGCCCUUUGACCGCUGCAGUUGUUGCUGCCGGCGGAAACUCAAGAUAUGUACUUGACGGGGUUCCUCGUAUGAGAGAGAGACCGAUUGGAGAUUUAGUAACUGGGCUUAAGCAGCUUGGAGCUGACGUGGAUUGUUACUUGGGGACGAAUUGCCCACCUGUUCGUGUUGUUGGAAACGGGGGUCUACCUGGAGGAAAGGUAAAACUCUCUGGAUCAGUUAGCAGCCAAUACUUGACAGCUCUGCUAAUGGCAGCGCCACUUGCUGUAGGAGAUGUCGAAAUCGAAAUAAUCGACAAACUAAUUUCAGUUCCUUAUGUCGAAAUGACACUUAAGUUAAUGGAACGCUUCGGUGUCUCUGUCGAACACAGUGACAGCUGGGACAGAUUCUUGAUUCGUGGAGGUCAAAAGUACAAGUCCCCUGGAAAUGCUUAUGUGGAAGGGGAUGCAUCGAGCGCGAGUUACUUCUUGGCCGGUGCGGCAGUUACUGGCGGAACUGUUACUGUUGAAGGAUGUGGGACCAGCAGUUUACAGGGUGAUGUUAAAUUCGCCGAGGUUCUCGAGAAAAUGGGAUGCGAAGUGACGUGGACGGAGAAUAGUGUCACGGUUAAAGGACCUCCACGAGAUGCUUCCGGAAGGAAACACUUGCGAGCUGUCGAUGUCAACAUGAACAAGAUGCCAGAUGUCGCCAUGACACUCGCUGUCGUUGCCCUUUUCGCUGAUGGGCCCACUGCUAUUCGAGAUGUGGCUAGCUGGAGAGUUACAGAAACCGAACGGAUGAUUGCUAUAUGCACGGAACUUAGAAAGGUUCGUCCUUGAUUUUAUACGAAU